AUCGUUAGACACGCCAAGAAGGUGCAUCCUUGCGUGCUGUACGUUGUUGUCGAAGCCGUUGUCGUGGACUUUUACGCGUUGCGACUGUAUUGCGCAGAUCGACCCUUGCAAACUGACUGCGCUCCAUCCUGCGAGUUCCUCCCUCCGAUCGCGACAGAAUCGCAUUUCGUGUCAGGACAAAGAGAUUCGCAACUGCCUGUGCACAGAUUCGCCAUUCCUUCCGAUGUGCUAGGAGCAGAUAUCUGGGUCUGCUCGCGACCGAGUCACUCAAUUAUCCCUCAACACCAUAAAAUAUAUCAUCAAUACCGGUCGAGCACAUCGAAGGAAGUCUGCGCGCGAUCAUGGCAGAAACCAACGGAAUAUCGAAACCUGAGGACAGUACCUUGGGCUCGACUUCUCACUUGGGGAAACGCAAACGCACGCCAUCUCCUGAAGUUGCGACUUCCCCUUCAGCCGUCGAGACCUCCCCAUUACAAGCUGCUUUGGAAAAUGUGUUACAACUGCUUCGCAAACACGACACAAAGCCUUCACUUUUGAACUAUCCUCUACAGUCGUCCGAGACAGAAGCCCCAGAUUUGAAAAGAGCGCGCCUUACCAAGAUCGAAUCCUCAAGCGACACCAUCGAAGAAAGAAUCAUUGCAGGGUCCUACAAGUCCUUUGAUGCACUCAGACAAGAUGUGGCCGCUGUCAAGACUGCAAUCUCCAACGACUUAUCCACGUCGGAUGUCAAAGGAGAAGAGGUGCAGGAACAACUGUCAAAACUGGUCGAUCUGCUGUCUGUAUAUGAAUCCAAGACCUCCAAAGCACCGAAUGCCGCUACAAUAAAGACUGAAGGUGAAGAUGUGACCAAGUCCAUUCCUCUCACCGAGUCUCCCCGGCAUCUCAUCUCACUUGUACCCUGCCAGGCGAACGGAAGGACUCAGAUUUUGUAUUCUGGCUUGGAGACUCGAAGACCGGAAGAAGACGGUGUUGUAUCCGAGGAGUUUUACAGAUGGGAUCCGCCGGAAGGGUUCAAACGACAGUUCCAGAUCACCGAUUUCACGACGCUAGGUGGUGAUGCGCCCAAACAGAAGUUACCGAAGCGACAGUUUGGCUCCGUCUUCCAGCCUGCCAACCGACUGAACCCGCUGAAACCACCCCAGCUAUCCAAAAAUAUCGCCGUUGGCAGCACUCUUGACUUUGUACCGUAUCCUGAUCCGACCCGGAACGACAUCACCGCGAAAAACUACAAAUUCACUCAACAGGUUACUGGGGCUUGGAUAUCGUAUGGUCAAGCUAGCGAGCAAAUGGACCAAGAGAGCAAGCGGCUACAAACCACUGCCAGUGCAGCUGACCACAAAGCGGCGUUCGCAGCCAACGGUUCGCGGAAAGGAGCCGAAGUGACUGGCGAGGCACUAUUCCACUCGGUGUAUUCAAGUUUCGCUCCGAGCAUUGACAACACGAGUAUGUUCAGAACGCCUUCUGAUGUGCAAAAGAGGACUCCCUUGAUAGCUGCGCAAGAAAGAAGCCGUUAUUGGUGGUAUAAAUACGGCGACGAACGCUUAACAAGUAUCUUCAGUGCAGAACAGUCCGAGGACACCCAGAGCGACAUGAAAGAGCAAGAAAGCAAAGACAACGAAUUCGCCGACACUGUUGCCAAUUUCGAGCCAAUCCCGGAAGAAGACUUCGGGCCUACCAAAGAAGACAAAGAUGUAGAUGAUGUGCUGGAAGAAGUGUCAGCAUUGAUCGAAACAUUGAGUUCGUAUCAACGGAACCGCAGCCUCGCCAGCAACAUCUCAAAACCGCCAAACGCCGAAUUCGACAUAUAUGAAAUGCUCCGAAAUCAACUAAGCAUAUUGGUCUCGUCAUUGCCGCCCUUCGCAGUGGCCAAGUUGGAUGGCGACCAGCUCGAAGACUUGAAUAUCUCCACAAGAAUACUGGUUGAGGCGCCCGAUUAUCCAGGAACAGGACAGGUUGAUGAUUACACGUGGAGACAGCAAAUCAGCCGACAAACUGCUGCUGCUGCGAGUCGUCCAGCUAUCACUCCUCAAAUUCGCCCAGCUUAUGCCCAGGCACAGCCCUCGUACAACACGCAGGCUCGUAGUUACAAUGCUUCAGUACCGGCAACGGCUGCAUACGGUGUCAGAGCACAAAAUUACCAGACCCCGACGGUGCCGCGGCCUGUAUACUCGGGAACACCAUACCAAGCUUCCGCCACUACAUAUCCCUCGCGACCAACAAUACAACAGUUCCAGCGACCCCUUCAGAACGGUUAUGGAAGUCAUGGAGCGAGUACUGCACAUGCACAGACUCCUGGUUUCGCUCGCCAACCGAGUCAACCGAACUACCAACAGAAGGCUCAGGAUAACAACCUUGUUGGGAGGUCGGCCUCUCCUCAGAAGCCAAUGGUCAAUGGACAGAACUAUCCGCCGAGACAAUAUUCAGGUCAGCAAGCCCAGACGCCAUAUCCGCUUCACAGACAGAGCUCUGGCACGCCAGGUACACCAAAUCCAGCAGCAUCGACCGCAGCGGCUUUUCCACGAUAUUCAGCUACGCCAGAUCGAGCCAGCACAGAAGCAGGUGGUCGGCCUUCGACUCCAUCGGCAGCAGCGGCGGCGGCUGCUAUUUCGCAGACAGUAGAGGUUUCUCGGUGAUGCAGAUAACCUAAUCAGAUGAUUGCCGGGUUGAUUUUUGUAUGAUCAUAUCACGAUGUGUUCGUGUUCAUAUCACUUCAAGAGUUUGGACGGGAGGUUUAGGGACGAGACGGAUGGUCCAGAAGUCGUGGAUCCGCCGAACACUUGUCCUGUUGCGGUCACUUAGAACUGGGGCAACGGCGUGUAUUCUGGAUCCCUCGUAGCGUGGACAGUCAAGCUGGCCAUCUCGCCCUGCAGUUCUACAACAUGGUUGAAAUCAUCAUGUGUUCUUCUUGCCCCUUUCUCCGUGAGAAAGUGCCAUCUUAUCUUGUGGAACUGUUUGCGCUUGG